GGAGCGCAGCAGCAUUUGGUAGAGAAUCCUGCGACAGCAACAUGUUCCAAACCAAGACUGAAUACGAUCGUGGUGUCAACACCUUCUCCCCUGAAGGACGAUUGUUCCAAGUAGAGUACGCUAUCGAAGCCAUCAAGAUGGGGACGACUGCCGUGGGCAUCCGAACAAAGGAAGGGGUGGUUUUGGCUGUGGAAAAGCGUAUCACAUCGACGCUUUUGGAACCCAGCAGCAUUGAAAAGAUCAUGGAGGUCGACUCUCACAUUGGCGCGGCCAUGAGUGGCUUGACAGCAGAUGCGCGCACGUUGAUCGACCAUGCGCGCGUAGAAGCGACAAACCAUUGGUUCUCGUACAACGAACCGAUUCGUGUGAACGCGUUGACCCAGGCCGUGUGCGACUUGGCCUUGUCGUUUGGUGAAGGCAACGACGAGAACUCGCACAAGCAAAAAAUGAGCCGUCCGUUCGGUGUGGCUUUGCUCUUGGCCGGUGUUGAUGACACCGGUCCUCACUUGUUUUACUCGGACCCGUCUGGCACGUACCUCCGUGUUCACGCCAAGGCGAUCGGAUCAGGUGAAAAAGGCGCGCAGAACAACCUCAAGGAGAGCUACAGUGAAGACAUGUCGCUUUCCGACGCACAAAAGCUCGCCAUCAGCACGCUCAAACAGCACAUGGAAGAAAAGCUUACAAGCAUCAACGUGGAACUGGCAGUUGUGACAGCGGCGCAUGGAUUCCACGUCGCGACGACGCAAGAAGUGGACCAUGUCAUUGCUCAAUUGUGAUGUGAUGUAUGUGCUGCCGCUUGGACAACGUGAAUAAUUUCAGCACACGAAAAUUCACACAAAAUAAUUUCAAUCCCAAUUCAUCGA